UCUGAAAGACAAGGCUUGACUCCUCUAAACCAGGCGUUUCACACCCACACAUCAAACAAACGCUCCAUAAGAUGUUGUCAAAUGCACAGAGGACCUCAACUAUUCUUAAACUUCUGAUAUUUUUUCUACUCUUUAGGACAGGCUUCAUCGCAUCUGCUGCUGUAGUUCAAAAGAAAGUCCUGGAGACCUUCAAUGCAGGUGAAACUAUAACUUUAGAGUGCUUUAUAUCUGAAGAGCACGAGAACUACUACUCUUGGUUCAAGCAAUCUCUGGGAGAAGCUCCAACAUGCAUCCUCACUCUCUAUGCUGACUCUUUAACACCAACCUUUUAUGGAGACUUCAAGAACGAUGAAAGAUUGUCAGCUGUAAAGAACAAGACUUAUUUCGCUUUAAUUAUAAAAGAAUUAAAGCCAUCAGAUACUGGAAUCUAUUACUGCGGUACCCGUGACUAUGAUCUUAUAACUUUUAGUAAUGGGCUGUUUUUAUCUAUAAAGGUAACUAAACCUAGCAAAACAAUAUAUAAAUUAAUCUAAAUAAUAUAAUAAUGUAUAAUCCUCAAAGUUUUCUCAUUCUAGGGGUAAAUACAAGACGACAACAUAUUAAGCAGUUUUUGUCUGCGGUGGACUCGAGUACUUGGGUAAAUGAACACGAGUUUAACCCAGGAGACUCUGUGAAUCUUCACUGCACUGUUCUCACUGAGAGAUGUGUAGGAAAUCACAGCGUCUACUGGUUUAGGCAUGAAACAGGAGAUACACAUCCAGGAAUCAUUUACAAGCAUGGAAACAGCAAUGAUCAAUGCAAGAAGAGCUCUGAGAGAGAUUCCCAUUCACAGUCUUGUAUCUACAAUCUCCCCAAGAGGAACCUCAGUUUAACUGACACCGAGACUUACUACUGCGCUGUGGCCAUGUGUGGAGAGAUACUGUUUGGGAAUGGAAGUAGGCUUGAAAUUGGAGAACCAAUUUCUGAGUUCGCCUGGACUGACCUAAAGGUCCAAAUUUUGGUAGCAACAAAUAUAUUGUGCUUGGUGAUCAUUGCUAUCCUUCUGUGCAAGAGAACACAAAAACAACAAGAAACAUUUUCUGAAACCCAUCCAUUACAAAAACUUUCUUCAUCUCUUGAUAAUGAGGUAAAAUUUAAAUAUACUAUAUUGCUGCGCUCCUAUGUUUUAUUUAUUUAUCUAUGUGUAUUGAGUACUUUGGUGUUGGUUUUAGGGCGCACCAGAGGAGAUAAGCUCCGCAGCACUGCUUUUCCCCGGAAGAAACUUAAACAGACACGAAAGAAGCUCAUACACACAUGUAGUGUAUUCAGCUGCUAGAGGUUACAGUAUUAAAUAAUAAUUUUGUGAUAUAACAUGAUAAAGUGAUAUUGUCUUAUAUGUGUUUAUUAGUUGUACUUGUAUCUGAAUGCUGUUGUGAGCUCUAAUAAAACGAACGGCAUUGCCUUCUUAUCAAAACCUG